AGAAAAGCACAAAUUACGCAAUCGUUUUACUUUUAUCCCGGCCUUUUCACACUUACACUUACACUUACACAUUCACAAAUUUUGCACUUCAAUCCACACAAGCUUUUGCUCAAUAAGGUUAUAGGAAACAUGGAGCCUAUAACUUCAGGGGUAGAACAAGUUCUUAUUAGCAAUGCUUCCCAGAAACCUCGCAUUCUGCUAGCUGCAAGUGGAAGCGUGGCAGCUAUCAAGUUUGCAAAUCUAUGUCAUUGCUUUUCUGAAUGGGCAGAAGUCAAAGCAGUUGUAACAAAAGGUGCUCUUCAUUUCAUAGACAAAGUGUCAUUUCCAAAAGACGUCGCCGUUUAUACGGAUGAUGAUGAAUGGUCCGCUUGGAACAAGGUAGGUGAUAGCGUGCUACACAUUGAGCUCCGUAGGUGGGCUGAUAUCAUGGUUAUUGCUCCUUUGUCAGCAAAUACGCUUGGAAAGAUUGCGGGUGGAUUGUGUGAUAACUUGCUGACCUGCAUCGUGCGAGCAUGGGACUAUGAUAAACCUUUUUUUGUGGCACCAGCCAUGAAUACAUUUAUGUGGAAUAACCCAUUCACAGAACGGCACCUUAUGACAAUUGAUGAGCUUGGUAUCUCUCUCAUACCACCAGUAUCAAAGAGGCUAGCCUGUGGAGAUUAUGGAAAUGGGGCAAUGGCAGAGCCUUCUCUCAUCUACUCAACUGUAAGACUCUUCUUAAAUUCCCGAUCAGAAUCGGGUAGCAGCACCAUCUCAUGAUAUAUGGAUCAUGAAAGUUCAAUAGUUGUUGAUGUUCACCACAAAAAUGUUGUUCCAAGGAUCCUACCCUGUAUCUGGUACAAUUUCCUACAUGGCUUGGCAUGAUGUUCUUCUGCCUGUUGUUUUGUCUCCCUGCUAUCUUGUUUGUACUCUUCAGAGCUACUUGCUUUCUAGGUUCACUUUCAUUUUGUGUGGAGAUAUCAUGCAACUCCAAGUAGUAGUAGCUGCUAAAAGUGGAUGUAAUCAUGGAAAGACGUGUAGAAAACAGUCGCAGCUUCUUGAUUAGCAUAGCGAAUGAUGCUGGAAACUCUUAUCUAUUUUGUGAGUAGGUUUUACUUGUACAAAUUUGUUGAUA